CUUUUCUUUAACACUCAUUUUAUUAACACCCAAUUAUCUUUGAAAAUAUGCCUCACAAAAAAAUAGUGAUUCUCGCAUUUUAUUAUUAUAAACCUAUCUUCACAGACGAAUAAACAUAUCAAAUAAUCAAUUAUAACUCUUUCCGUGUUUAUAGAAUAUUUUAUUCAUAUAAAUAUUAACAUUCAUAAAUUGAGUUAUGUCAUGUUUUUCAGGUGGAUGAGUUCAGUAACAAAAUAGCUCAAGUUUUUCAUCAAUCAGGAUUUAAGAAAGGAGAUGUGGUUGCCCUUGUUAUGACAAAUCAACCACAAUACGUUUGUAUUUGGCUUGGUCUUGCUAAAAUAGGUGUGGUUACAGCUCUUAUCAAUUCCAAUCUUACCAGCAAACCUCUAAGCCAUUGCAUCAGAAGUGCAUUAUGUAAAGCAGUAAUAUUCUCAGAUGAUCUCUCCACAGCUGUUUAUGAUGUUAAACCCGAACUGCCAGAGUACAUAAAAUAUUUUCAACUUGGCAAAUCAGAAACACCAGAAGGCAUCAUAAACCUUAAAAUGUCAAUGCAAAAUGUACCCAAUACAGUCCCGAUAGAACAUAAAAUUCAACACGAUGAUCAAUUUGUAUAUAUUUACACAUCUGGUACUACUGGUCUGCCUAAAGCUGCUAUAUUUCCACAUUCAAGGUUCAUUUUAGUAUCGUUUCUUUCUGAAGACGUCCUUGGUAUAACAAGUGAUGAUGUAUUAUACAAUGCUCUUCCUCUUUACCAUUCUGCUGGAGGUUUGGUAGGUGUUGGAGCGGCCAUUAUGACCGGAGCUACUGUAGUAUUGAGGACAAAAUUUUCAGCAGCUAAUUUUAUUUCUGAUUGUGCUCAUUAUAAAUGCACAACUGCACUGUAUAUUGGAGAAAUAUGCCGCUAUUUGCUUGCUGUCCCCGAGAAACCUACUGAUAAGCAACACUGUUUGAGGAUGAUUACCGGGAUCGGUCUUAGGCCUAUAAUUUGGCGGGAAUUCGUUGAAAGAUUUAACAUACCAAAGGUAAUGGAGAUGUAUGGGUCUACUGAGGGCAACUUGCUAUUCGUUAACUAUGAUAACAAAAUUGGUGCUAUUGGUUUUAUACCGCAAAUCAUCCCUAAAUUUUUCUCAAGAUCCAUUGGUGCUAUAAUACGUGUUAAUCCUGAUACUAUGGAACCCGUCAGGGGAAAUGAUGGAUUAUGUAUAGAAUGUGACAUUGAUGAACCAGGAAUGUUUAUAGGGAUUAUUCCUUAUGAAAACUCUGUUAAAAAAUUUCAUGGUUAUUUAGAUAGAGCUGAAUCAAGAAAAAAGUAUUUAUAUGACGUUUUCAAGAAAGGAGACAGAGCUUUUGUUUCAGGAGAUCUUAUAAUGAUGGAUGAGCUUGGAUAUCUUUAUUUCAAGGAUAGAACAGGAGACACAUUCAGAUGGAAAGGAGAAAAUGUAUCUACUUCAGAAGUGGAAGCUAUAAUCAGCUCUUUACUUGAAUUAAAAGACUGUAUUGUGUACGGUGUUGAGGUUGGUGAACUUGAGGGGCGAGCUGGUAUGGCUGCUAUAGUGGAACCUUCAGGAACAUUGGAUUUUGAUGGCCUUGCUAAUUCUCUAAAAACUUCUCUUCCUUCAUAUGCUAUUCCUUUGUUUAUUCGACUGAUUCCCGAAGUUGCUAUAACAGGGACUUUCAAAUUGAAGAAGACUGAUUUGGUUAAAGAUGGUUUUAAUCCUUCUACUAUUAAAGAUCCUCUUUUUUUCCGUAAUGGGUCAACUUAUGUACCUCUAACUAAAGAGUUAUAUGAACAAAUAAUCUCUGGAAAAAUAAGAGUUUAA